AUGGCGGAUCAGCUUACCGAUGACCAGAUCUCAGAGUUCAAGGAAGCUUUCAGCCUAUUCGACAAGGACGGAGAUGGUUGUAUCACAACCAAGGAGCUUGGGACCGUGAUGAGAUCACUUGGGCAGAACCCAACAGAAGCUGAGCUCCAAGACAUGAUCAACGAAGUGGAUGCAGAUGGUAACGGGACGAUAGAUUUCCCUGAGUUCUUGAACCUUAUGGCACGCAAGAUGAAAGACACUGAUUCAGAGGAGGAGCUUAAGGAAGCCUUCAGGGUUUUUGACAAGGACCAGAACGGUUUCAUCUCCGCUGCUGAACUCCGCCAUGUGAUGACAAAUCUUGGGGAGAAGUUGACGGAUGAGGAAGUCGAUGAGAUGAUCCGAGAGGCUGAUGUCGAUGGUGAUGGUCAGAUUAACUACGAAGAGUUCGUCAAAGUCAUGAUGGCAAAGUGAGAUCCUUCUUUAUCCCUCACAAAUCCCCAACUCUGUUUUUUUUUUUUUUUUUUUUUUCUCGUCUUCACAUCUUUAUACUGAGAAAAGCAAUUUAUUGAACAAAAUGAAACAGAGAGAUAAGAUUUUUGCUUCCUUGUUUGUUUUGUUGGUCGUAAUUUUUUAUUUUUAGUAACGUUCUUUACUUGAUUGCUU